GAUUGACAGCCCCACGCGGUGGGCAGAAGCGUCCUGCCUGCUGACCAUGGAGCACCGUGUGAGAGUGAAGUCUUGGGUAGAAGAGAAUCGGGCCUCCUUCCAGCCCCCAGUUUGCAACAAGCUUAUGCACCAGGAGCAGCUCAAAAUCAUGUUCGUUGGAGGCCCCAACACCAGGAAGGAUUAUCACAUCGAGGAGGGCGAGGAGGUGUUUUACCAGCUGGAGGGAGACAUGGUUCUCCGAGUCCUGGAGCAAGGAAAACACCAGGAUGUGGUCAUUCGGCAGGGGGAGAUCUUCCUCUUGCCUGCCAGGGUGCCCCAUUCCCCACAGAGGUUUGCCAACACCAUGGGGCUGGUGAUUGAGAGGAGGCGGCUGGAGAGCGAGCUGGAUGGCCUGAGGUACUAUGUAGGGGACACUGUAAAUGUCCUCUUCGAGAAAUGGUUCUACUGCAAAGACCUCGGAACACAGUUGGCUCCCAUCAUCCAAGAGUUCUUCCACUCUGAGCAGUACCGGACAGGAAAGCCUGACCCUGACCAGCUGCUCAAGGAGCCGCCAUUCCCCUUGAGUACACGAUCCGUCAUGGAGCCCAUGCCACUGAAGGCAUGGCUGGUUGGACACUCCAGAGAGCUUCAGGCAGGCACAUCCCUCAACCUGUUUGGGGACACCUAUGAGACGCAGGUCAUUGCCCAUGGACAAGGUAGCAGCAAAGGCCCAAGGCAGGAUGUGGACGUGUGGCUGUGGCAGCUGGAGGGCUCCUCCACGGUGACAAUGGGAGGAGAGCGCGUGGGCCUGGCCCCGGAUGACAGCCUGCUGGUACCCACAGGAACCUCGUACACAUGGGAGCGAGAGCAAGGCUCUGUGGCCUUGUCUGUGACGCAGGACCCUGCCCGUAAGAAGCCACUGGGGUGACCCUCGUGUGUGGGCCCCAGGCAGUCGCAGGGUGCCUGCGUGCUGGCCUCGCAGCCGUUUUUUCCCUUAAUAACUCUUAUAGCCUCAUUGCAUCUUCACGGACAUCAUCAAGCGCAGCAAUCUGCCCCCUGCUUGGUUAUGGCUUUUCACUGCCAUCCGCCCUCCUGCCAUCCUCAACCCAGGAUGCCAGACUCCUAGCAUACCAGUAGCUCCCCUUUCUAACAGCCGUAGCCUGCACUGUCCAGCUAGAUGAGUAUCAUCCCCAUGGGCCCACCAGCUUGCCACUGCCACAUCUCUCAAU